UCUAAACAGAGUCUGUUUUCUCGCGAAUGCUCUGAACGAAUAUUUCUUUUUUCUCUAACUGUGAGAAUAAUUAAAUGUGUUGUGUGUAUAAAUACAAAAAUACUGAUCCCAGAUUAAUCCAACGACGACCAUCAAAUCUCAUCAUCCAAACAGAAAAAAAGACUACCAAACCCUAAUCUGAAACGAUCGUUCCCUCCCUCUCACUAUCUCUCUCUUUCUCUCUCUUCUUCUUCUUCAUUUCUCUCUCUUCCAACCGCCAAACUCUGUUGCAACAUUUCUCUCCCUCGCUCCCCGAUCCACAACCUCCCAACCCUCAUCUUCGAGAUCUCACCUCACGCGCCUCUCACGCUGGACCACGCGCCUGUCACCGCCUCCAUCAUGGUCGUCAGCGGAGGGAAGGGCUUGAAACGAGCCAAGAAGAGAGUCACCGCCGAUUUCUACGACUUCCUUACGUUCCCCUCGCCGUCCCUCGCCGAGUCGGAAAGCUUCGCCGGCGGACCGUUCCGCUCCAACGUCCGCUCCUUCCUGACGAAGCACGCGCUGCUUCCGCCACCGUCCGCGCUGUUCCCGCACCUGCUGACGUGGCAGAUCCUCUUCCGCGUCGGCGAGCUCACCGAAGGCUCCGAACCGCUGGUGGUGUGCCUCGACGUCGUGGAGGAGGACGUCGCCAGAUCCAGAUCCGUGUACUGCGAUCAGUGCCGAGUUUUUGGUUGGAGCGGUCACCCAGUGUGCGCGAAGCGGUACCAUUUUAUAAUCAAAGCCGAUGGGAGUUCUAUUGGUGGGUACCACAAGCCGUGUAUGUGCUGUGGAGAUAUCUUGCAUUUGUCAGAAUCCAAAUGCAAGUCUUGCAACCAUGUGACUACCACUGAUGAUGUCGAAGACUGGGUUUACCAUCAAUUAGAGAACACAACUCAUCUUUUACAUGGCGUAGUCCAUGCCAAUGGAUAUGGGCACCUUCUUCGGGUUAAUGGCAGAGAAGGGGGCUCUAGAUUUAUUUCUGGUUGUCAUAUUAUGGAUUUCUGGGAUCGCCUAUGCAAGACUCUUGGAGUCAGAAAAGUUAGCGUGAUGGAUGUUUCAAAGAAAUACGGGUUAGAGUAUCGCUUGCUCCAUGCCAUUACGAAGGGACAUCCGUGGUAUGGUGACUGGGGUUAUAAAUUUGGCUCUGGUAGCUAUUGUCUCACACAUGAAGCAUACACAUCUGCAGUUGAAAGCCUAUCCAAUAUACCGUUGUCCACCUUUUCCCAGGGACAGAUGCCUCACUCUCGUGUGCAGGACAUGAUCUCAUAUUACCAGUCCUUGUCAGAGCAUAAGCUUGUAAAUAUAAGGGACCUCUUUCGUUUCAUGAUGGGUUUGAUUGGUGAUGCUCGCAAGAAUGCAUCAAAUACUGAUGACACAUCCUGCAAGAAGCGUCGUUUUAAUGCUUCUGGACUGUCAAUUUCUUGGGAUAAGAGUGACAUUGAACGUGUGGAGGAAGCCAUGGUCAGAGUGCUGCGUGCAGUGUCUGAGACUAAGUGGGUGAGCUGGCGUGCUCUUAGGGGAGCAGCCUGCAAGGUGGGCCCUCCAGAGCUGCUUGAUUAUUGCCUUGGAGAAAUGGGAGGAAAAAUGGUCUAUGGUGGAAUGGUUGUUAAUAGCCGAUGCAAUCCUCAAACUGGAGUUUAUGAGUUGAGACUCGAGGCUGCAACUGGUGCUUGCUAUGGAAUUUUAGCGAACAAUAAUUCUUCAGGCUCGAAGUAUCCAUCUGAAGAAAACCUCUUACAAUGCUUGAGAUAUUUGUAUGACUCUCUGCUUCAUCCUCAGAUGAUGGUAAACUAUGUUGAAGCAGGGACAAGGGCUCUUGCAAUGACCUCAGCUCAGAAGCUUUUUGACUGCAAGCAGUUUGUAAAAGAUUUUAGUCCUGAGAUGUUGCCAUUGUCAGAUUUGCUGAAGUUACGCAUCUCAUGUCAGGUUGAACUUUUAGAUGAAGCUGAAGAUUCAGAAGCUAUAACUCCACCAGAAUUAAUUGUGAUGCCCACGAAUGCUACGUUGGCUGAGCUUAAGAACCAAGCAGCAAAUGCAUUUCAAGAUGUUUAUCUAAUGUUCAGGAGAUUUCAGGUUGAUGAGGUACUUGGCUAUAGCGGUGUUGACGAUUCCACCCAGGUCAAGCACUUGUUAGGAUCGAAAGAUGUAGUUUGUGUCCGAGGAAGAUGCAUUGGGAAGAAUGGGUUGAGCAAGUUCCGAAUGGAACGGGGACUUGAGAGGUGGACUGUAGAUUGCAGCUGUGGGGCUAAGGAUGAUGACGGAGAGAGAAUGUUAGCGUGUGAUAUAUGUGGAGUGUGGCGGCACACUAGGUGUUCUGACAUCCAUGAUACUGAUCCUGUUCCAGCACGUUUUGUUUGCCUCAGAUGCCAAAACUCUGAAGCCAAACCCAAAUCUAGUGGGCACUGCAAAACUGAGACUGUCACUAACGUUAGUACUAGUGCUAGUUGCUUCGGAAACGGCUUGCCAGUGCCAUCUGAUGUUCGUUAAAGGAUUUCAUUAGCCUUCUGUUAGGAUAAAUGUUUUUUAAUAAAUACUUUUAGGGAAAAAUAUAAGCAUAAAAUGAAUUAAAAUUUUCUCAUAACAUAAAAUUUGCUUAUGCAUAGUUAAAAUCAGUUUUUGGAAAAAUUAAAUGACAGUUUAUAUAUAUUUGAUUAUGCAUAAGUUGAUUUUAAUUUUGUGAGGAAAGUUUAAUUUAUUUUAUUUUCUUAUUUUUUCUUCUAAGUAUUUAUUAAAAGGUUUGUUUUAAUAGGAGUAAAUGUGUAUGAAAAGCUUAUAUUUUGCUUCGGCCUGAAAGAACCUGUACAUAACAGAUAGGCCUUAGAGAUAGCUGUAGGGGCGGGACAUGUCUUGUUCAUAUUUCAGGUUCUACCUAAUGGUUGUUUAGUGUACAUAGUGACUGACGAAAAGAUGUGGAGGGGGAAAUUGAGAAUAUUCAAGUUCAACUUUCUUUUCUUUGGUUCUAAAUGAGCAUCAGACUCGGUAAAUUUAGAUCGAUUUUAAAUGAUUAUGGGUCUUUUCCUGA